CCGAAAUUCUACACACGGCCCUGCGAGUAUUUGGAUGGCUGAGUGCUGGUGUUUAUCUUUCCUUUGGUGUUUGGAAUGCUUGUGUUGCGAAACAACACUUUUCCACACUUCUCCACAUUUCUGUUUACAUUUCCAGCGUAUGUAACUAGCACCGGGGUUUUGUUUAUGAUUUGGCUGGAUCAAAACCAGAGCUUUUGUUUACGUUUCUGCUGGGCUUGUCAUGUCGAGGCCUAAAGAGCGUGCAACCGUGUUUCAGCAUUCUUCAUUUAUAAAUAAUUAAAGUUUCCUUCAUUCUUUUAGCAAGUCUGAUUCAUACGUAUUCCUUUUCGUUUUUAUCUUCUCCAAUAACUUUCCUAAAUAACUAAUCUGAGUUCAUCUCGCAGAUCUAAAAUAAUCACAACUACAAAUGAAAUUCAACACCUUACUUCACUUGGCUUCAGCUAUUGCUUUAGCAAAGGCAGAUGGCUAUGUGCCCGGUGAAAACUACUCCACUUUCACACCAACAGAUGGUUAUUUGGAUGGUGCCACCACGCAAUUCCCACAACGGUUCGGGAUUGCCAUAAAUCCUAUCACUUCUUCGAUUGCCCUAACGUCGGUCACAACUUCUGUUGAUGGUACUGUUGUUGUAACACAAAUUGGAGACGGACAAAUUCAGGCUACAACCGCCACCCCAUCACCAGUAGUGGUGACUCAAAUAAGUGACGGUCAGAUACAGGCGUCUACUUAUACUCCAACGACAUAUGAAUAUCCGGUGGUCACACAAAUCGGGGAUGGCCAAAUUCAGGCGACCACUCUUACUACCGUGACACUCAGCUCAGCAUCUACCUCCAGUGCCGAAGCUGAUACCCAAUACCGCCCUCUUAUCUCAACAUCCUCAACAUCAUCAACAUUCUCAACAUUCUCAACAUCCUCAACAUCCUCAACAUCCUCAACAUCCUCAGCAUCCUCAGCGUCCUCAACAUCAUCAACAUCAUCAACAUCAUCAACAUCAUCAACAUCAUCAACAUCAUCAACAUCAUCAACAUCCUCUUCAACGUCUACAUUCUCGUCAUCCUCAUCAUCACCAUUAGCACCUUCAUCUACAUCCGAUGAUAUAACUACCACUUCCACGGUCACCCCGACAUCUACUGUAUAUUCAACUGUAACUUCUGCAACCCUUCCAACUCUAGACCCAACUACAGUAGUGGUUCAAAAACGUUUUGCAGAAGAGACUGCCGCUGUGUCAAUUGAUAAGCGUGAUUUACCAUCGACUUGCUCAACUACAUCUUCCCUUUCAAUGACAUUGGUGGACUCUAUUCUAUAUGAUUCUAACGGAAGGAUCGGAGCUAUUGUUUCAAACCAGCAAUUUCAGUUUGAUGGACCACCACCUCAAGCUGGCUCCAUCUACGCUGCUGGCUGGAGCAUAGUUAACGGAAAAUUGGCGUUAGGUAAAAGCACUACAUUUUAUCAAUGCCUGUCAGGAAACUUUUACAAUCUUUACUACAACAGUAUCGGUGAACAGUGUACUGCUGUAGAGUUAGAUGUGGUAGUGUUUAACGAAUGCUAGUCGAAUGAAAUUAACCACCCAAAACACAGUCUACCUUCAAUUCAUUCCUUGCAUAAAAUACUACCAUUCAAUUUACAAUUAUUUCAAUAUCUGUACAUUAGUCCUUUCAUUUCCUUUCAAUCUUUAUGUAAUUAUAUAUUUACUACUUAUUUUUUUCUUUCACCAUGAUGGUUUUUUCUUUAUAAUAAUC